AGAACAAUUCAUCGUCACCGGAAUCUGAUGCUAGUUCUUCUGAGGGUUUGUGUGAUCAAGUGUUUAUUUUUGUUUUUUCUUCUCAGCUGUCUAGUCCAUUAGUAAGUCCAUCUAGGUAACUGUAUUUCAUCGUUAUGACCUACAUGUCAAAAGAACUGUAAUACAUGCGACCCACAAUUGAGAACAUGUCGUGGCCAUGAGCUCAUACCCGCGCAGUUGAACUUGUGCAAACUGUGCUUCCCCUUACUUUUCCUUUGCCUUGCAAGUGUUGUUGGCAGGAACUUUUUUUGCUAAGAUGAGGGAGACAUUUUUUAAUUCUACACAAGAAGAAAAGGGAAUUCAGUUUGUCAUCCGUCACUGAGUAUUUUGAGUCCAGAAAAUUUUAAAUGAAGAAUUGUGAAUAAGUUCACUUUUUUUGUGAGAAGUUUUCAACGACAACGUUCAGUAAAUAGCGUCGUUUAUAAAACGUUAACAAAGAGAAUUUGCUUUCUUCUAUGCUUUCAUCACGUUACUGGUCCAACAACCGGAUCCACGUUAUCAGAGGUAAGGAGUAUGUUUGUUUGUUUCUGAUGCACUAUGGAAUAUCUUGUUUCGAUUGAUUUCAGAUUCUGUUCUCGUUUCCGAAGUCUCCUCGAUUUAAAAAGAAGCACAAGGCCUAACACGAUCUUCUUAUCCAUUAGCCAGCUAGUCAGAUCAAAAUUAGAGAGUGUUCUUUAAUGUCUCUCAUUUAUCGUGGCAUUUACAUUUCUCAGAGCGGCGAUCAUAUUGUUAGUAUAAUGCUGGCUAUGUCAACAAUUUAGCUCCAAAGUGAAAUUUGGUAUACUUAUGCAAACGUUUUCUUUCAGAACAAUUCAUCGUCACCGGAAUCUGAUGCUAGUUCUUCUGAGGGUUUGUGUGAUCAAGUGUUUAUUUUUUUUUUUCUUCUCGGCUGUUUAGUCCAUCAGUGUGUCCAUCAUGAUAUCUGCAUUUCAUUGUUAUGAGCUACAUGUCAGAAAUACUUUUAUACAUAUGACCCACAGUUGAGAACAUGUCGUGGCCAAGGGCUUAUACCUCGCAGUUGAACUUGUGCUUUUCCUUACUUUUUUUUCGUAUUCUGAGUGUUGCAGGCGCAGAGUUUUUUGAUGAAGUGAAGGAAGAGUAUGUUGAACUCUAGAUUAGAAGCAAAUAGAAGUUUAUCAAAGGUCACUCAGUAGUUUUGGUCCAAGACUCUAGUCAAUACUGCGAACGAAACCAAUUUUUUUCUAGAAUUUUUGAUAGUAAUGCUAGUGAAUAGAGUUAUUUAAGAAACAUCAACAUAGACAACAUACUGAUCAUUUGGGAAUUCAAUUUUGAGUGCUUGGUGUCAUUAGUCAAAAACUUCAUAGGGAGAUUUUCAAUAAAAUGAUUUUUUAAGACAUAUCAUGAAAAACUUACGUUAGUUGAUAAUUCACUGAUGUAGCGAGGCUGGUGAAGAGGAGAAUCAUUAAUCUCCAUCAUACUGCACUUAAACUUUCCGCUUUCUUCCAUGCUCCAAUGACGCCACUGCCCCUAGACACAGAGGCGUCCGAAGUAAGAAAAACAAUGGUAUGUAGGAAAGAGUGCGUUUUGUUAUUUCAACAUCAAGCUUACUCACGAAUAUUCAUGAUCAACAGAUUCUUUGAUAGCUUAUCAUUACAAGCGAAGCUUAUUACCUCCUGUCAAGGUAUAAAAAGUAAAGCCAUAUAUCUUUAUUUACAUGUUUCGGUAUUUCUCUUGCGAAAUCGAGUGAUAUGUUGAAGAGCUAAGCGAAACAUCAGGAAAUAGAAACCAAUUAAAACAUUUAUCUUCUUGUAAUAGAGCCGUUCACGUCUACCCAACUUGAACAGUCAGGGAACACAAUUGUUUUAUCUGAAAGGUAACUUACUGUUUUUUGGUCUACAACUGUUUUGCAAAAAUGUCCGGUUUGUUACAUGUAACCUCGAACCAAUAUCCCCAGUCCAGCUCGAGCAAACUAGGUUGUUAGUUACUCCGUGCGAACUUAGUAAUGGUAUUCUUCCUAUUGGGUCUUGACACUGUAAAGUUUGAUCUUGUAAUACUCAGUCUAGGGGCAAAAACACUAAACACAAGAUAUAGCGCAUAAAUAGUCAGUCCUGAAAACUUUUCCGUAAAAGUCGUUGUAUAUUCAGUAAAAUUGUUUAAGAAACCCCAAAAAUUGAACGCACUCACAAAUUUCCUUGUAGCCCAUCCUUUUCGUAUGUGGAAAGUGGAUGAAUGCAUCGGAGCGGGAGCUUAUGGCAAGGUACGUUAACUUUUAAUGUAAUCAGGAAUUUGACAUAAAAGUAAAUAUAUGCCGGAAAAUAACAUGAUUGUACUCGGCAUUUUGUGAGACGUGACAAACUAUGAUCUUUGGUUAAAAUGUGCUCCUCACUGAAACUGAGCAAUCUGAAAGAGUAGCCCUAUUUUUCAGUCAACAAUGAGCUCGAGUUAGUUCUAACCUAGCGGAGGUUGGAAUCAUGGUCGCUAGACUGCAGAGUAACAAGUAUACUGUAAUCUGAGAAAUACAAGGGCUACCCUGCAGUGCAGGCGUCUUAUUAGUGCAAGCUGACGUUAUAAGCUCGCGAUCGUUUAUCCGACCAGACAUGUUUGAUUUGCAGUAGUUAGAGUGGACGGUAGGGGUAGGGGGCGGGGGAAGAGCGAAAAGACGUCUGCCCGACGAGGCUGUUAAAAUGCCAUACACCCCCUGAUUAGUUGCACUUCACUGCAUUUCCGGAAAUAGGCAGAUAACCAAUAAAAAUGAGUUAAAUGAAAAACCGGAAGCACUGUCUUCUGACAAAAACAAACACACUAAGAGUUGAAGAAUGAAACGGUAAGGCAGUUUUUUAUUCGGCCAGAAAAGAAAUGACAUCGACAAAACCUCCUCCGCGGUCACAAAUAUGAGCUGAUAUUUGCUGCACUUUAUAAUUUCCAAACGAAAAUCCUUGAGUAUAGCUGCCAUUAAUCUAUUUAACAAUUUUCCUUUUUUCUUCUAUUUGAUCGUAAACGAUACUUUGAAGCAACAAACAACUGCACUCGAACGUUUACCCGUCACGAUUUGUUUGGUGCAAACUGGCAUACACUGCUGAAAUGGUGUGGCUGUUUUUUUCAUCAAGGGAAAAAUUUCCUUCACCAAACAUUCUCUGCUGACUCAAAUACGAGUUGCUAUUCACCGCACUCUAUAUCCUCCAAAUGACAGUCCCUAAGUGUAAGCUACCAUUAAUGCGACUGAAGAUGUUUAUUCCAUUUGAUCAUAAACAAUACAUUGAAGCAGACAAACGACAACUACGCUCGAAGUUUUCCUGUCGUAAUUUCUUUCAGUCACAAGAACCAACACCUGAAAUAUCAGGCUUUUCCAAAAGCCAGUUGGCAACACGGCCAGUAAAUCCUUUCCAUGAACCGGUGUAGAAAUUGCUUCUUUUUGUUCCGAUUUUAAUGCGCUAGACAUGUUAAAUUCCGAAAAACACUUAACGCUUCAUCGAGAGCGGAAUCAAAACCAAUAACUUGACGAUCAGAGUUCGCCAUCUUUCUCUUUCUCCAGCAAUAGAGUAAUGUCAUGCUCAAAUGAUCAAUAGCUGUAGCUUAAUCGCACCAAUCAGGUACUCCGUUCGUGGGCGAACAGAGUAUGGCAAAAUAAAGAUGACUUCGGGCAGGCGUAAUCUUCACUCCCCCACCCCCACCCCUCUCCUUAUUUUUGACCGUCGACCGCCCCCUUGGUACAAAUUGAUUUCUCUCCUCAGCUUUCCGCUGCCAUUAUUAUCAAAGAUGGCGGCCAUAAUUUUCGUUAUGAAAUUACUGAGCACUCGCUCGCCAAAAUUACGCCUGCUCCGCAGGCUACACAAGGGCAAGAGAACAUUUGUUCUAUCUUGACAAGGGUAAGUAACUGCGAUAAAUUAACAAUAGCCUUCAUUAUUGUCGGCGGACAUUGUCUGUUCCGAGAAGCGAAAAGUUGUCCGAGAGAGAUGGUCGAGGAAAACCGUGAGCUUCGAGGAACAGAUGAUGUCCAAGUUCAAAUAUAAGAGCAUAUGUCUUACCAAAUGGAGGCUGCUGUGUUUAUUAUACUUCAAAUAUUUUUGCAGUGCGUGGAACAAAACGUAAAGCACGCAGGAAGCAGCUAGAGCACGAAAGAAGUGUAGGGAGAAACACGAGACGUAGUCUUGAGUGCUCAAGCGCUUCCUAAGUUCUUUACAACAGUACAGAGCACAGUUGAGGCUUCUCUAUUUGAUUUGUAAUAAAGAAUCUGUUGAAUUCCCCAUGCAUUACUUUCAAUUUUCAAAACAAACUUUAAACUUUAUUUUCAAAGCGAGCAACAGUGUCGUCAGCAUACCUUACACUCUCAUUUAGCAUGCUACAACAAGCCAAUCAGAAUUCUUGUCAGAAUGGUUCAAAUAAUCUGAUUGGUUGAUAAAAUUCAGAUUAAUUUUUUCAGGUGUAUAAGUGUAAUAUUCCACGUGAAAGCUAUGGAGGCCUGUGUGCUGUAAAAAUAGUCAAGAUAGAGCCUCAAUACACUCGAUCGCGAAAGGUUAGUCUCCUUCCCCUUUGAUGUUUUCUUUUAGGAAAACGUCAGGUUUUUAGCUUUACGGUUUACUGCUGCAUCAAAAAGUUCGUGUAUUACUUCAAAUGAUACCUUAAUUUCUUUUUGAAAAAUUACUUCUUUCGAAAUUCCAGGAGGUGAUGCUACUCAAAAAUGAAAUCAAUAUUUUGAAAAGAAUCAGACACGACCGAGUUGUGGCCUAUUAUGAAAGCGCUGAGAAAGACAAUCAUCUCCAUCUAUUUAUGGAAUUGAUGACCGGGGUAAGUUUAAAGAAGAGAAACAUUAAAUGCCUCUGAAGUUAAUGAAUGAUUAAAAUAACCUUUUGAGUGUUCUAAAUUCUUGAUGGAUAUUAAUUGGGAUGAGGGGCGUUACUGAAAUCAAUAAACUUAAGUUUUACUAUAGCUUAGGAUACAGCUGCGUGAUAACGCUUUUUCUAAUCGAUUUCUUGCGGUGAACUUUGACUUUUUCUGAUUCUAUAUAGGGAUCAUUGUCUGAUCACAUAAAGGAGAAAAAAGUUCUCUCUGAAAGGGAAUCGCGCAAGUACACCAAGCAAAUGUUGGAAGGAGUAUCUUUUCUACAUUCAGAAAACGUUAUUCAUAGGGACAUCAAAGGUGCAAUAGAUGAAUACAUUGGUCAGCGGCUAUCAUGCAAAUGAUUGUCUGAGAUGCCAGUUUGUGUCUUCGUCCUCUUAGUGGUCUUUAUUUCCAAUCGUCUUUCAAAUUUACCUCACAUAGUUCAAGUACUUAAUGUACAAUAAAGAGAUAUCAUUCGGUGAUAUCUGAUACCGAUAUUAAACAACUUAAGCUGGGGUAAACUCCGCUCUUAUGUCAAAUGCAUGUUGUGCAUUACCUGAAGUCUUUAUAAAUCUCUAAUUGAUUCUUUCACAUAUUCCUAGGAUCAAACGUCCUUUUAGAUCAAGAUAGAAAUGUAAAAUUGGCAGACUUCGGACUAUCGAAAAUAAUUCAGGUACAAUUCUAUGAUAUUUAGCAUCCUUUCAAUUAAUUACAUCCUUUGAACAAACUCGCCACCACUGAAGGUCAAAUCGCCACCGGUGGCGAUUUGACGUUUUCGUUUUGUGUAGCCUUCGUGUGAAGCUCGUAUUAAAUGAAAUAAUCGCCACCGGUGGCGAUUUGACUUUUAGUGGUGGCGAGUCUUUUUGCCGUUGUGGUGGCGAAUUGACGGGAUACCGAAAGAACGCGCACUUCAUUUGAUUGAUUUUGCGGGGAUAGGAUUCUCACGAAAUGCACACGGGCAAUAUCACACAUAUCAUUCCAAUGCAUUUCUCAGUUAAGCCUCACAAACAGACAGCAUUACUAACUUUUCCUGAAAAAAUGUACAGGCUGAAGACGAUAAGCCGCGAUAAACAGAAAUAAAAACUUGUAGAUGGAUUUUAUUACUGUAAAAAACCAUUAUGUGAUCACACGAAGAAAUUCUUCACAAAUUUUUACACGCCACAAAUAGGGCUUUGCUAUCUUUGAGCAGGGUAGUUAUAAACGGUAUUUUACAUUUCGUGGUGGAAAAUUUGUUUGUUUACUUGCAAUUCGGCAAUUUCAAAUGUUGCAUAUAAUUCCUUGCAAACCCCAUCCUGAACUUCCGAAACUGUCUUUGAUUUUGACCUGUGGGGAGCCUUGUGGGGUCAUUGGUUUAGAACAAAGUGGUAAUAGCAAAAUUUGAAACAAAUUAGCCAUCCCCGCUCCUCUCGACUCUCGGCGAGAAAGAUAAUUUGGUGUGAAAUUCAAAUGUUUACCCUCCAAAGGUCCGUUUCUUAAAAGAAUAUUGGUCUCUUUCAUCCACACUCAGAAAAUUGGGAGCAAAACCACUCUUCUAUCCCAUUGCGGCACUCUCUACUGGAUGGCACCAGAAAUAUUCUGGGGAAAAGGAUACGGUAGAAAGGUAGACAUUUGGUAAGUUUAACUGUCUUCAUAAUGAGUAAAACACACAGAGAAAGAUAGAGAGAGACAGAGAGUGCUGGAAGGGACAAAGGUGCGAAUGCUGCGUAGUUAGCUGUUUAACUACUUGUGAUAGACCUGUUCCUUCGCAUUCGUCCUAUUCCGCCGAUGUCUGUUGUUACGUCGAGCCUAUCACUCCUUUACUUGGAUCUGAUUUUAUGAAAGAGAGGAUCAAGUUUCAGGAGAGUAUGAAGAUUAAAAUUGAUUUAAAUUAUUGUUAAAGUCUGGUCUCAAAGAGUUGGUUUCUUUCUUUCCUAAAGGAGUGUCGGUUGUACCGUUGUGGAAAUGUUGACGGGAAGCCCUCCGCUGGGUGACCUCGAAGCAGCGGCGGCCAUCUUCCGUAUUGGAUCUAAGCCAACGGUACCAAAGUUGCCGAAGGAUACAUCAAAAGCUACAAAGGAUCUUAUUGCGGCUGCUUUGACUUGGUUUGUAUAGUAAAACCGUAUAUGGAAAUGUUAGAAGUAGUAAGGAUGAACUAUUCAUAUUUGCUUCAAUUGUAGGAACCCUCAGAAACGACCAUGGUCGAACGAUUUGCUGAAUGAAUUUUUUUGAAGUGCCGUUCGGAAUCUUUUUGGGGUAAGCACCUGAUGAAGCAUUCACUUUCUUAAAAGAAUAUAAAAUUCGAAUUUGACUUCUUGUUAGUGGGCUAAAGUGAUUCAAUUUGCCAGUAGAGGAAGCGCGGCUGAGUGACUGCAUAGUGCUCGCAAUGCUGAAGUUCCAAGUUCGAAACACACAUUCACAGUUGUCUGGAUUUGCUUUUUAACUGUUCCAAACUCAACAGUUCCACCAUACUUGUAAAUAGUCAACUAGUUCCCCUUCUGCCAUUUGGUGUUUUUAAAAAGCACGCAUUCAACCCCUAGCUACACAGGCCAUGUGUCAAUUUUUAUUAUAUAGUUGGUGCAGUGUCAUUCACACCACGUUUUCAUUUGAUAUUCGGAAAUUCUAUCCUUCAUUUCUUCUUCACUCAUUCGUUUUUAUCAAUUUAUUUUCAUUCUUCAAUUUUCAUUCAUAUCUUUUCAUCCAUUAUUUAUCUAUUUAUUUAUUUAUUUAUUUGUCUGGCUAAAUUUUCCUUUUUUGUCGAAAAGUAAUCAAAAGGAAAGUUAAAGCUCCUCUUCUAUGACUUCUGUACUUCGAACUUUUGAAUGGUUAUACUUAAAUCGCAGUGCUAAGGGCAGCUCUUAUUAUUUCGACAGGGCCUCUCGGAUGUUCCAAUCAAAGAAUGAUCCAUGUGUCUAUGUAAUGUAAUCAAAGUAAACCAAAACCAAAGUAGUUUUAUAAGAGUUCUUUGCAACUAUGCUUGAUGCAACUCUUGUUAAUGUAAUGAUGGAAUUUAAAAAUGGGAGAGGUUUGGUGAAUUUCCUCCUAUCUGUCAGAAUAAUUGCCCUCCGGGGUCCCUCAGGGAAAAACUUAGACCCAUCACCAUUUCUUGUACUUAUAAAUGAUUUAUAUGUUGACAAUUUAGCUAAUGUACGGAAGUACGUUGACGAUAUGACCGUAUCUGAAGUCGUUGCCAAGGGCAACCGAAAUUGUAUCCUGGAGAUUGCGCAUAAGGUUGCGGAGUGGUCUACGCAGAAUAGAGUCCACCUCAAUAGCGAGAAAUGUAAGGAGCUCAGGAUAUCUUUUAUAAAGGAUAAGCCACAGUUUUUCAUGGUAAUGAACUAGAGAGGGUGUCUAGUGCUAAACCACUAGGUCUGACCAUUACGAGCAACCUUACAUUGAACGAGCAUAUUAGUCAGGCGCAUUUUUCUUUAGAAAGAUGUCUUCAAACCCGAGCCUAGAUUCAUCAGUAGAAGAGUUCAUAGACGGACAGGAAAAUGAAAACACCACAAGACCAAACACGAUGUUGCUCUGUUCCACGAAUUUCUUGUUUUGAAAGGCGAGUUGAGACAAAUGGACGAAUUGACUCUUCAAGAGCUGAAUGAAGUCUUGGGUUUUCACCUCUGCAUUUCAAAUUUUGAACUUCCUUAAAACUAUCUCGACAUAUUUUCAGGAUGUC